AUGCCACCAACCUUAUCACCAACACCAUCAACCUCAUUAUCAUUGACAUUCACCAACCUUAUCACCAACACCAUCAACCUCAUCAUCAUCAACACUCACACCAGACCUUGGUGUCAUCAUAACCUAUGCAUUGAUAUUGAUCGUGCUGAGCUACCCCUGAAUGGAGUGUCCACAGAGCUCAUCGAGACUGAUACUGAGACAAUAGCUGUCACACAGUUUGAUAGUCACCGAGUAUCUCGACAGACAGACCUGGGUUUCAGGCGCGAGACCUCUGACAGGAAGCAGUUCUGUUGGAUUAAGAAUGCUGGCUUCAACAGCAAGCUUGUCAGGCUGAUGGUCAAGUUUGGCAGCAGCUCCAUCAUGAUCUGGGGCUGUAUGACAUGGGAAGGGGUCAGAGGUAUACACUUGGUGCUGGGUACAAUGAAUUCAGACCAAUACAUUGAUAUCCUGAAUGACAAGCUUUUGAAAACAAUCUCAGAUUUGUGGCUUCAGCAUGCAUACACCAACAUCACAUUUCAGCAAGACAAUGACGUAAAACACAUGUCAAAGACAAUAACAUGGUUGGAAGGCACUAGCAUUAAGUAUAGUAUGAUUGCAAAGUCCAGGGAUGAACUGCUCAAGAGAUGUGAAGCUGAAUGGAAAGCAAUCACUCCAGAGACAUGUAGGAUACUAAUAGAGAGCAUGCCAGACCACAUCAAGGCAGUUCUGAAGGCCAAAGGAGGGAAUACAAAGUACUAA